AUGCAUGUAAUUGUUACUCAUGGUGAACUUACAAACGAUUUAGCUUUGGGUUUCACUCGUCUCCCUUUCAACUCUAACUAUUAUAUAAACCAUAAACCAUAUAAUCUUCCUCUUGAGGAGAGGUAUAGCUUCAUCAAUGAAGUUCACAAACUAUGGGUUUUCUCCACGGAUGAACCAUUAUCUCGUGGUAGUCCCACACUCCCCCGCUCUGAAUUAUUCAUCAAUGGUUACAUGUAUUCUACGGGUAUUUGGCAAUUUGAAGCCCAUGUCUUCGUGCCACAUGGAACAACGGGUGUAAGUGUGAUGCAAGUGUUUGGGUCAGACCCUCCGCAUACUACAACUUUGAUGAUUCGAGUCUACGAUGGAAAUCUUUACUACUAUAAAAGAAAUGUUAUUUUUCGUAAUAUAUACAAUAAAUGGUUUCGUUUGAACGUUAUCCAUGAUGUAGAAGGCAACAAUGUUAAGGUCUACAUAAACGGGGUUCUCAGGUUCAAGGCGAAUGGUCGAGGUGGAACCACUCAUUAUUUCAAAUGUGGAGUUUAUGCGCAAGACCGAGCUUCAUUUUAUAUGGAAUCCCGGUUGAAAAAUAUCAAAAUUUUUAAGAAAUGUAACUAA